AGUGCGGAGCCUUCGGCGGUGCGAGCAGCGGCUUCGGGCGGCGUCGGGAGCAGCCAGAGCAGCAGAAGCAGUAGCCCCCGUGGCUGGAGCCGGAGCCGCUCCCUCGUCGCUGCUCGUUUUUCUCCUGCCCUUUCCGCCUCUCCGCCGGAGACCGCGUUUCCCCAGCCGGGCGGCCGCCCACACCCGGAGCAUCUUCCCCCUGGCGAGCGGGCGCUGACGGACCCGGAGGCAUGAUGCGGCUGCGAGGCUCCACGAUGCUGCGGGACCUGCUCUUGCGGCCGCCCGCCGCUGGCAGUGCGGCUCUGAGGCGGGCGCAGCCCCUCGUCACCUUGUGCCGGCGCCCACGGGGCGGGGGCUGGCCGGCCGCCGCCGCGCGGCUCCACCCGUGGUGGGGCGGGGGCGGCCGGCCAGCAGGGCCCCUGGCGCGGGGGCUGUCCAGCUCCCCCUCGGAGAUCUUGCAGGAGCUGGGCAAGGGGGCCGCUCCGCCGCAGUCCGGGGCGUCGCCGCCCGCGGCCCCGCCGGCGCCCGGCCCCAAGGACGGCCCCGGGGAGACUGACGCGUUCAGCAACAGCGAGGGCAAAGAGCUGGUGGCCGCAGGCGAAAAUAAAGUAAAACAGGGUCUGUUACCUAGCUUGGAAGAUUUGCUGUUCUAUACAAUUGCAGAAGGACAAGAGAAAAUACCUGUUCAUAAAUUCAUUACAGCACUCAAAUCUACAGGAUUGCGAACGUCUGAUCCCAGGUUGAAAGAGUGUAUGGAUAUGUUAAGAUUAACUCUUCAAACAACGUCAGAUGGUGUCAUGCUAGACAAAGAUCUUUUUAAAAAAUGUGUUCAAAGCAACAUUGUUUUAUUGACACAAGCUUUUAGAAGAAAGUUUGUCAUUCCUGACUUUAUGUCUUUUACCUCACAUAUUGAUGAGUUAUAUGAAAGUGCUAAAAAACAGUCAGGAGGAAAGGUUGCAGAUUAUAUUCCUCAACUGGCCAAGUUCAGUCCUGAUUUGUGGGGUGUGUCUGUCUGUACAGUAGAUGGACAGAGGCAUUCUAUUGGCGAUACCAAAGUUCCCUUUUGUCUUCAGUCUUGUGUAAAACCUUUAAAAUACGCCAUUGCUGUUAAUGAUCUUGGAACUGAAUAUGUGCAUCGAUAUGUUGGGAAAGAGCCAAGUGGAUUACGAUUCAACAAACUGUUUUUAAAUGAAGAUGAUAAGCCACACAAUCCUAUGGUAAAUGCUGGAGCAAUUGUUGUGACCUCAUUAAUAAAGCAAGGAGUAAAUAAUGCUGAAAAAUUUGACUAUGUGAUGCAGUUUUUGAAUAAGAUGGCUGGUAACGAAUAUGUUGGAUUCAGUAAUGCAACGUUUCAGUCUGAAAGAGAAAGUGGUGAUCGAAAUUUCGCCAUAGGAUACUACUUAAAAGAAAAGAAGUGUUUUCCAGAAGGCACAGACAUGGUUGGUAUAUUAGACUUCUAUUUCCAGCUGUGUUCCAUUGAAGUGACUUGUGAGUCAGCCAGUGUGAUGGCUGCCACUCUGGCUAAUGGCGGUUUCUGCCCAAUCACUGGUGAAAGAGUAUUAAGCCCUGAAGCAGUUCGAAAUACACUGAGUUUGAUGCAUUCUUGUGGCAUGUAUGAUUUCUCAGGGCAGUUUGCCUUCCAUGUUGGUCUUCCUGCAAAAUCUGGAGUUGCUGGGGGCAUUCUUUUAGUUGUCCCCAAUGUCAUGGGCAUGAUGUGCUGGUCUCCCCCUCUGGACAAGAUGGGCAACAGUGUUAAAGGAAUUCACUUCUGUCAUGAUCUUGUUUCUCUUUGUAAUUUCCAUAACUAUGAUAAUUUGAGACACUUCGCAAAAAAACUUGAUCCUCGAAGAGAAGGUGGUGAUCAAAGGGUAAAGUCAGUGAUCAACCUUUUGUUUGCUGCCUAUACUGGAGAUGUGUCUGCACUUCGAAGAUUUGCUUUGUCAGCCAUGGACAUGGAACAGCGGGACUACGAUUCUAGAACAGCACUCCACGUAGCUGCUGCAGAGGGUCACGUUGAAGUUGUUAAAUUUUUGCUGGAAGCCUGCAAAGUAAACCCUUUCCCCAAGGACAGGUGGAACAACACUCCCAUGGACGAAGCGCUGCACUUUGGACACCACGAUGUGUUUAAAAUCCUCCAGGAAUACCAAGUCCAGUACACACCUCAAGGAGAUUCCGACAAUGGAAAGGAAAAUCAAACCGUCCAUAAGAACCUUGAUGGCUUGUUAUAAUGGUCUUACAUCCCAAGAUUGAAAUCACUUACCUAUUUAAUUGUGGAAAAUAAUUAUGAAGAACGUGUGUAUUUCUAUCUGGUAGUGAUGCAUAUUUUACAACCUUUGUCAUUUCAGUGUUAUUGGAGUUUUCUUCAUUGUGCGCACAGGACAAAUCUGAUCUCUUUGGGAAAAAAUAGAAAUAAAACAAUCUCCCUCCAUAAUGUGAGCAAUAUUUACCUCGUGCAUUGUAAAAUUUGAUGUAAAAGAAAUAGUUACCAAUGCUAGCUUAACUUUGUGGUCUUCAUGAUUUGUGUGUUUUGUGACUUUUCGACUCCUGGUGAAGAUGUGCUGAAAUGCAUCUAGAAAUUAAGCUCUGUUGUACAGUCUGUCCAAACGGGUCAAGGCUGUUCUUAGAAGCAAACUAUGUGAUUUUCAAGACUUUAGAUUUUGUUCGAGUGUUUGAACAACUAAGAUGCACUUAGGGUUGUAUGUUUAAAGUGUCUCCCAUCACCCAAGCUUUAUGGUGUGACUCUUUAAAAAUUUUAAUAGUUAACAACUGUUAGUAGGAUAGACUGAAUCUGUUUAGACAUUAUCAGGGAAUCUGUAUAAGAUAUGUUUGGUGACCAAAACCUAUGUGUGAAUGUAGCAGUGAUGAUACUUUUGAAAAAACAUUUCCUUUUUCUAUAUCCCCUCAGUCCAGCCUCUCUUCUCAGACAUUAGUAUCUGCCUCUUCCCUUUGGCUGGGAGAGUGAGUGCUGGCAUACUAUGCAGUUUUCAUGUUUUCCACGGUGAGUCAGAACAUGCUUCAUAUUUCUGGCAUCAGAGCUAGAAUGUUGCCAUUUGUCUACAGAGGAUGAACCAGAGACAAGAUUACUAAGUAUAAAUUAGUCCAAUUCAUCAGUUUAGAAAAUGAAGGGAUGUGCUACUGUCACUCUUUCAUGUAUUCUUCAGCGUCUAGGAAAAAGACACAUUUAGAAAUGGUCUAAGCUACCAAAGCUAUUCUGAUGGUGUGAGAACUGCUAAAGUAACACCAGUUUUUAAAGCUGUCCUUCAAACUCUGCGUUGAGAUACUGGUCCUCUCGGGGGGACCGCUGGGUCACUCCCGAUUUCUUCUGAUUCUCUGUGCUACAUUUUUUUGGUGGCCUCUCUAUCCAGUUUUAAAAAGAAAGGCCACUUUGAAUUGAGACCCAUCAUUUCUUUGUCUCGGGGAGGGAACUCACAAUUGAUUUGGAAGGUAGGUAAAAGGGGCUUCCAAAUCGAAUGAGCAGAAUUUUCCAGGAGUCGCACAUACAUUGUGUCCCAUCUCACUUCAAAGGGAUGGCGGGUAUGUGAGGGAGGAUUUCUGAUACUAAGCACACGUGCGUGCACAUGCGCACUCGCUCACACCCACACAUGGACUUCUGUGACGCUGUGUCCAGUGAAUGCGCAGGUCAGACUUCAGGAAUGCGAGUCAUUCCUGGAUAGGGCAGUUCUUCUUUCCUUUUUCCCCUCUCAGCACACACUGCAGCUUCCAAGCUUUAUUUUGCCUGUUGGCACCUUCCUCGCACAGCCUCUGGGGGUUUGGUUUUGGCUGUCAGUCAGCCACUGCUCCCCAUGACCUGGACAGCCAUGGCUUCUGUUCCAUAGCUACCCCCAGGCACGCAGCGGUUUGCCCGCUCGCUCUGGCUUCUGUGGAGGAUGGGGCUGGGCAACCAGUCCGGCUGCCACGCUCCUGCCCCUUAGGUCUGAGGUCUACCAAGCCACCCAGACAGGUGCUGCCCAGGAGAGCAUCACCCCCAAAGAUGCUGUGGGAGGAGGGACGUGCUUUAAUUGCCAUGAGCUGAGCUAGCUUUGCUGCACUGUGUGAUAACAUGCAACACAAGGACAGCUCAGGUAUGUGGCUGGAAGGCUUUUCUCUAAUAAACAGAGCUUCUAUUACUUGGGAAGAGAGGGAGUUUGCAUCUUUUCUCAGCUCCAGGCUGUUUUGUCAAGUCUGUGGUUUAGUCAACUGUGCCCUGAGUUGCGCCUGAUGUUAUGACUAUGCACCGGCUCCUCUCUGCUGUUUGCUCUGGCCGGUAAUAAUGAGUACACGUGGUUUAAAAGCUUGUUGACUGUGCUGCAAACUUGCUACUAUCAGUAAACUCCAAAGAUCUUUUGGUUCUGGCUUUAGGAUCACAUCUGCUUUUCUGUAUCACGAGAGCACUAUUUGGUCAUGUUCAUAUUUAAAGAUUAAUGUACACUGUUUUUCUCGCUGGUCUCAUCUUCGGUAAUGGCUGAACCCUGCUGUGGCCACACAGCCAGUUAGCUGCAUUGCUGGAUUCGCUAGGGACCACUUGAUGCUGUUUUCUGCCUGGCAGGGACUGAAUGACCUGAUGUUGGAUUUAGAUUCUUCCUGGGGAUUACACAACUAUGAAUGUAUUUGCUUCCGAUAUCUCCCAAAGUGAAUCUAAUCUUAAAAUCCGUAAGUUGUAAGUAUUCUGAAACUGGGAAACAUUUAUUUUAAAUGAAAUCAGGUAGUGUCGCUUUUUACAGCAUAAUAAAUACAUGUAUAAACAAAACUGUGUGA